CUCGAUUUUCACACGUGUAUUGUGAGCAAUUUGGUACAUCUAUGAAAGGCCCGCGAUCUAGACUAUAGCAGACUUUCGCUAUUUUUACAGCAAAGCGUGAAAGCCGAAGAUACAGUAAUCCUCCACAAUGGAUAAAUUUAGAAUAAUGUUUCAGUUCUUGCAAUCCAAUCAAGAAUCCUUCAUGAAUGGUAUAUGUGGUAUUAUGGUUCUUGCCAGCGCGCAACUCUACUCAGCCUUUGAAUUCAAUUGUCCCUGUUUACCAGAAUACAACUUUGCGUACGGAAUCGGAAUACUGGUUGUUCCGCCGAUUUGGUUUUUCUUGCUUGGGUUUGUGUUAAAUAAUAACGUGUCCAUGCUGGCGGAGGAGUGGCGGCGACCAAUGGGAAAGCGGAGGAAAGACCCCACGGUGCUGCGCUACAUGUUCUGCUCCAUCACGCAGCGGUCUUUGAUAGCGCCCGCAGUCUGGAUAUCUGUGACGCUGAUGGACGGGAAAAGUUUCCUGUGCGCCUUCAGUAUCAACUUGGACGUGCAGAAGUUUGGAAAUAAAAGCGAUCACGGGCUUUCGGAUGCUGCGCUCGAAAGGUUACUUGCUAAGAUUCCCUGCAAACAUAUCUUUGAUGGAGAGGCAGUGGUAUCUCGGGAGGCGGCUUCCAGGUACAUUCGAUGUAUAUCACAGGCGUUUGGCUGGGCUUUUCUGCUAAUGAUGACUUUGAUGGCAUUCUUGGUGAGGGCGAUAAGACCUUGUUUCACACAAGCCGCUUUUCUUAAAACCAAGUACUGGUCGCACUACAUCGACAUCGAGCGCAAGCUGUUUGACGAGACGUGCACGGAGCACGCAAAGGCGUUCGCCAAGGUCUGCAUACAGCAGUACUUCGAGAGCGUCAGCGGCGAGAUGCACACCUUCCACGGACACCUUCCCGACCAAGACGAGGUGGACAAGCCGAAGAGCGACGAGGACAAACUUCUGGGCAUCCGAGUCGAGGGCGACAUGAACAAAGUCCUCUGGAACUGGCAUACCUGCAAACCAUCGCUCAACCUGAUAAAGGACCCGCCGCGGUAUGAAGAAGCCAACGGACACUUAGACGCUUUAGUGAACGGGCAUACACAUCAACCUGAAACCCAAUCAAAGAAAGAGUGGGUGACCUACUAUAGUAAUAUUUAAACAACUUAAUAAAAAGCAUCCAAAUAUAAUAUAUAAAAAUCCAACUUGACAUAAGAAAAUGUUUAUUUUGCGGUACUGUGCAAAAGUCUUAGGCAGUCAAAAGAAAUGUUUAAAGCUAUUUAUCUAGGUAGUGAGUGCACUUUUUCUCAGAACAAGAAAAAAAAUCAAUUUAACCUUAGAACAUAUGCAAGUCGAGAGUAACACAAUAAAAACUAGUAAGAAUCUCCAAAAAGUUACUGAUAUCUUGCUGGAUGGCUAGAUAAUCACCGCUUCAGUUCCCAAACCUCUUCUCAGGGGCACCUCAGUUACUUCACGUUUUCAUUAAAUUUCACCAACACCUUAUUUAAUUCAUUCGUUUAAUUAGUUAAGAAGUCAAUGAGGUAUUGAUUAGCUAUACAAGGUUUAGUCAAAAAAACACCCAUGGGUAUAUGGAUGCUUGUUGCAAAUAUUGAAGUGAUAUUAGCGGACAUUCUGAAUUGGCUAAGCUGACACACUUCGACAAACAUAACAUCGUAGUUUUACACCAACAUGAAGACCAUUUAAAUAUUUUCUUUGGCUGCGUAAGACUUUUGCAUAGUACUAUAUAUCUAAGAUAUAUUUUGCCAUUGAAAUAUGUGGAUUAUUUUUGUCACUUUACUGUAGUAUUAAAUUAAAAUACCAAAGCUUCAAGUGGUUAGUAUCUUUGUAGAUUAUUUCAUUUGCCAAUUCAGUUUCAUCCUUUAGACGCAAGUUUAAGUUACUUCAAGAUCUGACUGUGGUCUUUAAUCCAUUUAGAAGUGUUAAACCUAAAAUUAUUCUUUGCUUGGCGUUUUAUACAUUUUAGUUAUACGAUGCAAACAAUGAGGGAUAUUUUAGGAAAGAAUGAACCUAAUAUGUAACUUGUCUCAUAUAUGUAUAAUGAACAACUGCAUGUUUGUUUUUUGGUGACAUGUAAAGAAAAUGCAAAUAUACGCAACAGCUUCAAACAUCUGAGAGCUGGAAAAUG